GGCAACGAAAAACGUUGAUUUCCUAGCGGCAUUUACGGACGAUAAUUUACGGACCAUGCCGACGUCAACUUCCUUUCUCCACCUCCAGUUUCCCCCAGCGUCCCUCGGUACGUCCUCCCCCUCGACAUUCUCCGUCUCCGUCGGUCCCGUUGUCCUCUUCUCCGUUCUCGAUCACUACCUCCGUCGUCCGGAGCAACAGCCACGAGUUAUCGGAGCUCUUUUGGGUGUGAGAAGCGAGGAUGGGUCUGAAGUGGAGAUUCGAAACUGCUUCCCGUUGAGCCAUAGUGAGACGAGUGAUCAACAGGUCGUCGUCGACACUGAAUAUCUCAACCAAAUGUACAGCCUCCACCAACGCGUCAACUCCAAAGAAACCAUUGUCGGAUGGUAUGCUACCGGAACGGAAAUCAACCCCAACUCUGUUUGGAUCCACGAGUUCUUUGCCAACGAAACGGCCCCAUUCCAACCUGUCCACCUCCUUGUUGACACAAAGCUGUCGAAUGACAAGAUGGCAUGUAGAGCAUUUGUCAGCUCUCAAGUUGGUGUACCGGGAACAGAUCAUCCCGGAAGCAUGUUCCUGCAAAUUCCUUGUGACGUAAAGUACUUUGACGCCGAACGGAGUGGAUUGGAUCUUAUUUCCAUGGCCAAGGACACACCUGACCGGACGGCUGGCCUUCUGUCGGACAUGGACAGCUUGGAGCGAUCGGUGCUUCAAGUACAAAACAUGAUUGAGACUGUUUCAACCUAUGUCAACAGUGUAUUGACAAAGAAGGAACAAGCAAACAGUGCAAUCGGACGAUUCUUGAUGGACACGGUCUCUCUUGUUCCUCGUAUUGAUGCUGACGAGUUUGAAAAGAUGUUCAGCAGUCAUCUUCAGGAUCUUCUCAUGGUCGUCUACCUUGCCAACCUGACCCGAACGCAGCUAGCCAUUGCCGAGAGAUUGCACAAGAUGAUGUAGUGCUCCAAAAGAGACAUGAAAUCCCUCGCAAUGUAUUCCCCUUGGUGUGCCCAUGUUUACAGCCCGUACAUACACAAUUCGACAUACGCUAGUUUUGUAGUUUCCCAUCAGUUGUUUGGUAGUUCUUUAGGGGUUGAUGGUGCCUUUGUACUUAAUUGAAAUAUGCAAAAAAGAAGCUGUUGCGUUGAAAGGUUUUUUUA